UUCCGGGCAUCUGGAACAACCCGAACGUGACGGCCGACGUCAAACGCAAUUUAUCGACGCUGCCGGCCACGCUCGCCAACGUCACAGUGACCGCGUCAACGACGCUCGACAGCUUUUGUGCGCGCAUCAACAUUACCAUCGAGACGCCCCGUUUCCCCAUGAGCGCCGCCGAACAUGCGAUGUUUGUGGCUCGUCUCGACGACCCGGUUCGCAAGUUCAACAAGGACCUCAAAUAUCUCUGCGAUGGCUGCGCAGCGCUCUCCAAGGUAGCAACCAAGCACGCCGCGCUGCAGACGUGGAUCCAUGACAUGUGCCCGAUGACCGUACCCAAGCCGUCGGGCGCCGGAUGCGUGAAAGCAGUCGACUGUCACGAGUUCAGCGGUCGUACACCAUCCCGCAGUGCAUUUACCGAGUUUUGCUUCGACUCGACGUACCGCAACCCAUCGUACGACACGUGCUUUGGCCACACGCUCAUGUCGGUCGCCCAAACGUACGACAGAGCCGUCGCGAUCGCGUCGGGUGUUGUGCUGCUUCUCUUGCUUUUGCUUUUUGCGCGCGUGUGGGUCGUCCACCGCGUUCAGGAAUACCAGGAUACGCUACGGGACGCCACCGUGCAAACACCCGUCGACAAUGCAUAGAGUUCAAUGUGUACUACUAGUACAUGCAUUUUUGCGUCACGUUGCGAUGCGCUUAC